CCGGGUCGGUGCUUUUGAAAGGUUGCUAGGGUUGACAAUUCAGCAUUUUGUCAUUUUCAUGGCAUUUAGGCUGUUUCGUGAUAUAUGAAUCAAUACAAACGUAGGUGUUUGCAAUGACUUUAAUCCAGGAUCUCUUAAUGGAGCCAUUUAUAGCUUUGUGAUGAGAAUUGAUCGUUGAACAAGAUGUAUACAUUCAACAUGGGGAACCUGUUGCAGAAGGUGUUGAACCACCAGCUUUCAUCUCUAUUUCUUCUGCUGCCCUAACAAUAUGACUGUAAUGAAUGAUUUGUCACACGUAUUGAGUCAUGGCUGUUGCUAUGCACAAUGUUACAAAAGUAACUAAAGCUUCAACCAUGAAGGACAAAGUGGGGAAUCCCCUAGAUUUUAACCUACCACCUCCUGGCACUGCUGCUGCUGCAAAGCUUCCUCGAAAAAAGAAAAGAAAAAACAAAAAAUGUCCUAAAGUCAUGAAACCUUUAAGUCGACAAAAGAUCCGAUCAUCAUCUGCUGUGGAGUCAAAGUCGGAAAUUGGCACUAGUUGUACUCCUCACCGAGGCUUGACAUCUUCUUCGUCAUUCCGUUUCUGUGAUCGUCCUAGCACAGCAGGGAGUCUACGUCUACCCUCUAUACACACUCCCAUGUCCACAAGUAGUACAGCCCUCGCCUCCUCCGUAGACCGAUUAGCCACACCUCCUGGGAGACAAAGAACUUCUAUACUACCUGAAUCAUCCCAACCAACAUCCAGUGAACGCAGGAAAAAAGUUUCACUUCUUGCAGCAAUCAAACCAGCAAAUGAAAAGGCAGAAAAGGAAAGAUUUCUGCGAGCAAAAUGUCAGUACAAUCCUUAUUUCAUUUACAAAUUCCCAGCUGAUGCUGAAGUUUUAGAAAGAGUCAGCAUGGCAUCUGACAAGCUUCUGCCACAGGCAAUCCUUAUAAUGGAGCGAGCUAUUGACCAAUACGGAUGUUAUGAGAACUUUGAAGCUGAGACUGGUGGUCAGAUAAUAUCGCGGGGACAAAUAAACAACUUAGUGCAGCGUUACCUCAAAAAAGAAGAUAUAGAAAGAGAAAUAGUUGUCAAUCUGACCGAGGAACUCCUAUCCCGUGGAUCAAUGACAAGGCAUAAAGGCAAACCUCAGCUUAAUGUUCGUGUCAGUAAUCUCAGGGAGUAUUGGGUGGAUGGACUCCUUCGACAUGAACUUGGCACUCACUAUGUCCGCAGUUAUAACACUAAGUUCCAACCGUGGUAUAAUUGGAAGGUUCGUAAGGAGCUAGACAUGCUACCUAUGAACCCAACAGAGGAGGGGCUGGCCUCUCUACAUAGUGUGUUGUUCCGUAAGAACCCCUGUUUAUGGAGGUCAGCAUUGUUGUAUUACACAGUGUAUAUGGCCUCCAAGCUGUCUCUCAAGGACCUGUUUAAGGAUCUGGGCCGCUUCGUCAGUGACCCACAUGUACGAUGGGACUAUUGCAUCCGGGCAAAACGUGGUCAGAUAGACACCUCAACACCAGGUGCAUUUUCCAAGGAUCAGGUGUAUUUAUCAGGAGCACUCCAAAUAUUGAAAUACCGUCGUCAGAUUGACUUUCACAUGAUGAUGAGACUUGGCAAAGUGGCGUUCCAGGAUAUUGAACGUCUGAGAGGGUAUGCUGAUCUGGAGGGGACACGGGUGCCAACCUUCAUGGAGGACAGAACGUCGUACAUCAAACAUUUGGACCGCAUUGCAGAGGCCAAUGGCCUUACUGACCUUGUUCUCAAGUCGGCCUGAGGAUGUGUGAUCCUAGCUUGUAGGAUGAACAGACACUAUAUUGUUACAGCGAUGUUUUUGUGUAGUUCCCUUGUGAUAAGUACAAAGUGUCUGUGACUUGAUAUCCCAAUUUCUCAAAAAAAGUGCUAAGAGAUAUAUAAGCUUCCUUACCUAGAAAUGUGUUUCCUUUCCAUAAGAGAUUUUCAAACUCUACA